CCCUAAGAUAAGAGGAAAUGGCUCAAGAGGCGCGGCUCAACCUCCGAAUGCAAAGGGAGCUUAAGCUCCUUCUCACCGAUCCACCUCCCGGCGCCUCCUUUCCUUCUCUUACUUCUUCCUCCUCUCUUUCCUCCAUUCAUGCCUUAAUUGAAGGCCCUGAAGGAACUGUGUAUGCUAAAGGACUCUUUAAACUCAAAAUUCAGAUACCUGAAAGGUACCCCUUUCACCCUCCCAUUGUCACUUUCCUAACGCCCAUUUAUCAUCCAAAUAUUGAUAAUGGUGGCCGUAUUUGCUUGGAUAUUCUCAAUCUUCCUCCAAAGGGAGCAUGGCAGCCAUCUUUGAAUAUUUCAACUGUCUUAACAAGUAUAGGUUUGUUACUAAGUGAGCCUAAUCCUGAUGAUGGGUUAAUGCAUGACGCGAGCACGGAGUACAAAUACAAUAGACAAGCAUUUGACCACAAGGCAAGAUCAAUGACUCAAAAGUACGCCACGUCUGGAGCAAGUGAUUUUGGGGGUCAUGACCAAGAAAUCCAAACUCUUACAAAUGCAAGAGAAGGAAUUGUUGAAGUCAAAGAAUUAAAUAUACCAAAAUCUGAGGUCCCUGAUCAUUUUGUGAACCAGAAGGGAUUACGUGGACUCAGCAGAAAGUUGUCACUAGACUCUGCUGGACGUGCACAAAGGCAUAAUGGUGAGACUGUGAGUGAAGUGCCUAUUGAUCAUAUCUUAACUAAGCAGAUGGAAGUUAGCAAACAAGGUAUGGAAGAAUGUCCCAUCGAGUGUGACUUGAAUCAGGAUGAAGUACAACAGAGAACCAAGAAACUAUCUUCAGAAAUUGUGAGUCCAUCUAAAGUUAGAAAUGGUGAGAAGAAGAACUAUAUGGCAAAAACUAAAUGUUCUGCCAGUUUGGAACCCCAAAGUAUUUUUCUGAAUUAUGCAGAUAUACAGGCCUUGCCACAGGCUGUAAGCAAUUCAGGGAAGACUGCCAAUCCACAUAAUAGUGAGAUGAGAAAUGUCAGCAUAAAUAAGAGUACAAAUAAGCUGUUGCUUAAGUCAACCGAUUUCACCCAAAAACACGAGGAUCUUGAGAAGUUGCAGGUCAAGCCUCAGCUGUCAGUCCAACUUCAGUCCACUGCAUCAUGUCAAACUCUUUCGUUGUCAGGGACCCCUGGUCAUAACAAUAAGCAACCUCAUAAAAAGGCUUCUGAUCAAAAUGGAAAUGGUUUCUUCACGAGGCAUAAGAAGCUGGGUUUAACUGGCAGGAGACAUCCUUUUGACACAUCCAGUUCAUCUCAAUGUCAUCAGAAGUGUGACAAAGAGAAUUUAGCUCCAUCUCAAAACCUACCUGCUUCAGAAUCUGAUUCAUGCACUGAUUCAGCGUCCAGUUUAUUAUUUCCUUCACAAACUGGUGAUACUUGUGAUGUGUGGACUAGGAAGUCAUCUAAUCGUUGUGGGACUUUGAAGAAUCUGCCACUACAAGCUAUAGAGCACUCUGGAGAGGGUAAGGACAAUAUCUUUCAGUUGACCUCUCAAUCUGGGCAACAUUCCACAGCCCUUUCAUGUGAGAACUUAUGUGAUCAUAAGCAGCCCAACCAAGAUGAGAAUAUAUACUAUAACAAGAACAUGAAGCAACAGGAAAAAGAAUCACCACAAUGUGAAGCUGUGAUUGUAUUGGACAGUGAGGAUAGUGAAGAUGAAAGGAGUGUUCAUAAAAGGUCCAAGUUGUCGCUAGUGCGAAGACAUGUGUCAGGUAAGCGAAAGGCUUAAUUGUUGAUUUGAAUUUUCCUUUUGGAAGCUUAUGCUGUGGACAUAGUAAACUUGUAUACUAUGAUAUGCCUUGUUGGUCCUUCAGGGCUCCCGGCCCUCUGCUGUCAAACUUUUCCUUCUUUUCCAAUAUCUUUGCCUAGUAUUUCUAGGCAUAUUAUCAGCCAAAGGAAUAUGACAAAAGUACUUAGUAUGAUUAAGAAAGUGGUGUCAUACAUACGUUUACUGCAAUCUUUUUAUCCAAUAUCUUGAAAUGUUUGUCCAUUUUCA